UUGAAUGGAUGAUCCUCACCACCAUCAUUGCAAACUGCAUCGUCUUGGCUUUGGAGCAGCAUCUUCCAGAUGGAGACAAGACGCCUCUGUCUGAAAGACUGGAGGACACAGAGCCCUACUUCAUAGCCAUCUUCUGUUUCGAGUCAGGGAUAAAGAUCCUUGCUCUGGGUUUUGCGUUACAUAAGGGCUCCUACCUCAGGAAUGGCUGGAACGUCAUGGACUUUGUGGUAGUACUCACAGGUAUCCUGUCGUCACUUGGGUCUCAGUUUGACCUGAAGACACUACGAGCUGUCAGAGUGCUGCGACCACUGAAACUGGUGUCUGGGAUUCCCAGCCUGCAGGUGGUGCUCAAGUCCAUCAUGAAGGCUAUGAUCCCUCUGCUGCAGAUUGGCCUACUGUUGUUUGUGGCCAUCCUCAUGUUUGCCAUCAUCGGCCUUGAGUUCUACAUGGGAGAGUUCCACACAACUUGCUACGAUGAAUUCACACAUGACAUUGUGGACGAGAUACCGUGUGGAAUAGCAGAACCUUCUCGGUUGUGUCCGAACGGCACGGUGUGUAGGGGCGGCUGGCUUGGGCCAAACAACGGCAUCACCCAGUUCGACAACAUCCUGUUCGCCGUGCUCACCGUCUUCCAGUGCAUCACCAUGGAGGGAUGGACAGAUAUGCUCUACCAUAGCAACGAUGUGGAGGGCAGCGCCUGGAACUGGAUGUACUACAUCCCCCUCAUCAUCAUCGGCUCCUUCUUCAUGCUCAACCUGGUGCUGGGUGUACUCUCAGGUGAAUUUGCCAAAGAGAGGGAGCGAGUGGAGAACAGGAGUGAGUUCCUCAAGCUGAGGCGACAGCAGCAGAUUGAGAGAGAGCUCAACGGAUACCUGGAGUGGAUCUGCAAAGCAGAAGAAGUGAUUUUGGCUGAGGAUGACACCACAGGGAACUUUGAUGGUACAAGGCGAAGGCCAACCCUCAAAACCAAAAACAACAAGACGGAGCUGCUGAACCCUGAGGAGGGAGAGGACAACAUGGGGGAUGCAAUAGGUUUUGCACGUUCCAGCAUAAAGAGUGGUAAGGACGGAUCCCAUUGCAGUAAAAAGGAGCGGCGGAUGCGAUUCCUCAUCCGGAAAAUAGUGAAGACGCAGGCUUUCUAUUGGACGGUGCUCUGCCUGGUGGGCCUUAACACCAUGUGUGUGGCUGUGGUGCACUAUGACCAGCCAGAGCUGCUCUCUGAUUUCCUCUUCUAUGCAGAGUUUAUCUUCCUUGGUUUGUUCAUGUCUGAGAUGCUGAUCAAGAUGUAUGGUCUGGGCGUCCAGCCCUACUUCCACUCUUCAUUCAACCGCUUCGACUGUGUGGUCAUCGUGGGCAGUAUCUUCGAGGUGGUGUGGGCCCUCAUCAAACCAGGAACAUCAUUUGGGAUCAGUGUGUUACGAGCUCUGAGACUGCUCCGCAUCUUCAAAGUUACCAAAUACUGGGCUCCUCUUCGAAACCUGGUAGUUUCUCUGCUGAACUCCAUGAAGUCCAUCGUCAGUUUGCUCUUCCUCCUCUUCCUCUUCAUCGUGGUCUUUGCCUUGUUGGGGAUGCAGCUGUUUGGAGGACAAUUCAACUUUGAGGACGGGACACCGUCGACUAAUUUUGACACUUUUGCAGCAGCUAUCAUGACAGUGUUCCAGAUCCUGACAGGAGAGGACUGGAACGCGGUGAUGUAUGACGGCAUCAAGUCCCAGGGAGGAGUCAAUGACAAAGGGAUGAUCUUCUCCAUCUUCUUCAUCGUCCUCACACUAUUUGGCAACUACACACUGCUGAACGUCUUCUUGGCCAUCGCUGUCGACAAUCUGGCAAACGCUCAGGAGCUCACAAAGGACGAGGAAGAACAAGAGGAAGCAGCCAAUCAGAAAACAGCUAUGCAGAAGGCUAAAGAAGUGGCAGAAGUCAGCCCGCUCUCCGCAGCAAACCUGUCUAUUGCAGCUAAGGAGCAGCAGAAGAACCACAUCAAGGGCAACAUGUCGGUGUGGGAGCAGAGAACGAGUGAGAUCCGGCGGCAGAACCUGAUGACGAGCCGAGAGGCUCUCUACAACGAGCUGGAGCAGGAAGACUGGAAGGUCGAAGGGGAAGGAGACGAGGUACCAUAUCCACGGAAAGGACGUGGUGAUAUGAAGACCCACCUGGACAGGCCACUGGUGGUCAACCCGCAGGACAACCGCAACAACAACACCAACAAAACACAGCCAGGUGAGCUGCCUCUGGACCUGGAGUACCAGCGACAGGACAUUGACCACGACCGUCGAGCAGCCCACCACUACCACCACCACCGUCAUCACCACCAGAGAGCUGCUGGGACGGACGUUGGUGAAGGAGUCCAGGCGGAGACCCACAUGGAGCAUGGUUUAAGCUGCACGUCUUUAGGUAAUGUUGAGAGCCAGCAGGGGGAGGAGAGGCACAGCCAUAAGAGCCAUCGGGGCCACCGGCACAGAAACCGGGAAGGCCGGGAGACUCGCAGCGUGUCUCCUCACCAUCAGAGUGCAGAGGGAGAGUGGAAGCAUGAACACAGAAGGUCCAGGCAGCACCGCAGGGCAGCCAGGGAAGGGGAGGAGGGCAGGAGGCACAGAUCUAAGGGAACAGAGGGAGAAGGGGAGAAAGGCGAGGAAGGAGAAGGACGGAAGAUGAGACGGCAUCACCAAAGCAGCCAUGACAAGAGCAGAGGGCAUCGCAGCAGAAAGGAGCACCGCAGCACCUGUCCCAGCCUCUCCACCACGAGGCCCAUACAGCAGUACAAUGAGGACCUGGACAACUUCCGCAACAACAGCAAGCUGGCCAUCGCCUACGAGCACCCAUACACCCUCCCACCGGAUCACCCUGACCAUCCCGACCACGUCAACAACCUGCUUAACUGUCGUGACGCUGACACCCACACCCUGCUCCACAGCAUGGACAGCCUGAUCCUGACCAGCAUGGCCAAACCCGAGUACACUAAGAUAGACAUGCCGCCCGUCUACCCAUACCCCUCCACCAACGCCAUCCUGCAAGUAAACAAGAACGCCAACACUGACCAGAAGAAGAGCGAGGAGAAGAAAGAGGAGGAGGACGAGGGUGGAGAUGAAGACGGUCCCAAACCCAUGCCUCCUUACAGCUCCUGCUUUAUAAUGUCUACCACAAACCCGUUUCGAAAGUGCUGUCACUACAUCCUGACUCUGAAGUAUUUUGAGUUCAGCAUCUUGUCCGUCAUCGCUAUGAGCAGCAUAGCUCUCGCUGCAGAGGACCCUGUCUGGCCUGAAUCACCUCGAAACAAUGUGCUGCGGUAUUUUGACUACGUUUUCACAGGCGUCUUCACAUUUGAAAUGUUGAUCAAGAUGGUGGUGCUUGGCUUGUUCCUCCACCAGGGCUCCUACUUUCGCGACUUGUGGAACAUUCUGGACUUUAUAGUGGUUAGUGGUGCUCUGGUGGCCUUCGCCUUCACGGGGAGCAGCAAGGGAAAAGACAUUAGUACGAUCAAGUCCCUUCGUGUGCUGAGGGUGCUACGUCCUCUUAAGACCAUCAAACGACUCCCCAAAUUAAAGGCUGUGUUUGACUGUGUGGUCAACUCUCUGAAGAAUGUGCUGAACAUCUUGAUCGUGUACAUGCUCUUCAUGUUCAUCUUCGCUGUGGUGGCCGUGCAGCUCUUUAAGGGCAGAUUCUUCUACUGCACGGACGAAUCCAAAGAGUUUGAGCGCGACUGCAGGGGCGAGUAUUUGGAUUAUGAAAAGGAUGAGGUCAAAGCUCUGAAGCGGGAGUGGAAGAAGUACGAUUUUCACUACGACAACGUGGCUUGGGCCCUGCUCACCCUCUUCACUGUCUCCACUGGAGAGGGGUGGCCGCAGGUGUUAAAACACUCAGUGGACUCCACCUAUGAGAAUCAGGGCCCUAGCCCAGGUUACCGGAUGGAAAUGUCCAUCUUUUACGUGGUGUACUUCGUUGUCUUUCCCUUCUUCUUCGUAAACAUCUUUGUGGCGCUCAUCAUCAUCACCUUCCAGGAACAGGGGGAUAAAAUGAUGGAGGACUACAGCUUAGAAAAGAAUGAGAGGGCGUGUAUAGAUUUCGCCAUUAACGCCAGGCCUCUGACUCGCCAUAUGCCGAAGAAUAAACUUAGCUUCCAGUAUCGCAUGUGGCAGUUUGUGGUGUCCCCCCCCUUUGAGUACAGCAUCAUGGCUUUAAUCGCGCUCAACACCAUUGUCCUCAUGAUGAAGUUUAACGGUGCAUCAGAUACCUAUGAUGAAGUCUUGAAGAACCUUAACAUCGUGUUUACCACAUUCUUCCUCAUGGAAUCAAUCCUGAAGAUCAUCGCUUUCGGCCCUCUGAAUUACUUCAGAGAUGCCUGGAACAUUUUUGAUUUUGUGUCCGUCCUUGGAAGUAUCACUGACAUUUUAGUGACAGAACUAGGGAAUAACUUCAUCAACUUGAGCUUCCUGAGGCUGUUCAGAGCAGCUCGCCUCAUCAAGCUCCUGAGACAGGGAGAAACCAUCCGCAUCUUACUGUGGACCUUUGUCCAGUCCUUCAAGGCCCUGCCAUACGUGUGCCUGCUCAUUGCCAUGCUCUUUUUCAUCUAUGCCAUCAUCGGCAUGCAGUUGUUUGGGAAUCUGGCACUGGAUGAGGAGAGAAAGACUGCAAUCAACGAUCUCAACAACUUCAGAACCUUCAUCAUGGCCCUCAUGCUGCUGUUCAGGAGCGCUACUGGUGAGGCAUGGCAUGAUAUCAUGUUGGCCUGCCUGGGAGGUAAAAAAUGCGACCCAAUUACAGGAAACACGGAACCUGAAUGUGGCAGCACCUUCGCCUACACCUACUUUGUCUCCUUCAUCUUCCUCUGCUCUUUCCUGAUGCUGAAUCUGUUCGUGGCUGUCAUCAUGGACAACUUUGAGUACCUGACCAGAGACUCGUCGAUCCUGGGGCCGCAUCACCUGGAUGAGUAUGUAAGGAUAUGGGCCGAGUACGACCCUGCAGCCUGUGGGCGCAUACAUUAUAAGGAUAUGUACAGUUUAUUACGAGUUAUCUCCCCUCCCCUGGGCCUUGGCAAGAAAUGCCCACAUAGGGUGGCCUGCAAGAGGCUGCUGCGCAUGGAUCUACCGGUUGCCGAAGAUAACACGGUGCAUUUUAACUCUACCCUCAUGGCUCUGAUCAGGACAGCACUGGAUAUAAAGAUUGCCAAGGGCGGUGCAGACAAGCACCAGAUGGAUGCAGAGCUCAGAAAGGAGAUGAUGGCUAUUUGGCCGAACUUAUCGCAGAAGACACUGGACCUGCUGGUUACACCACACAAGGCAGCCACAGACUUGACAGUGGGCAAAAUCUACGCUGCCAUGAUGAUCAUGGAAUACUACCGCCAGAGCAAGACGAAAAAGAUGCAGGCCCUUCGAGAGGAACAGCGCAUGAAGCCAUCCUCUGAGGAAGGGGGCAUGGACGGCCAGGGGGGGCAAGGACUGAACGGCCUCCCCAGCACCCAGCCAGACAACCUCAACAGCAUACCUCCUGAGGGGGGCAUGACUGAGAGCCAGUCGUGGGUGACGGCAAAAGCCCAGGAAAUGUUCCAAAAGACGGGUAACUGGAGCCCAGAUAGACCCUACCCCGAAGAUCUCCAUGACAACCGUCACAAUCCGCAGACGGUAGAGAUGAGGGAGAUGGGGCGGGACGGGUACUCCGACACUGAGCCCUAUCACCCUAUGGAUGGGCAUGGGCGGACCCUCUCCAUGCCCCGCCUCUCGGCAGACAACCAAACCAUUACUGACACAAGUCCAAUGCAUCGCUCCACCUCCAGCCUGGUCCAUGGGCGCACAGGCCGGGGCGUGAGGCUGGACGACUACUCCCUGGAGAGAGUGGUGUCUGAAGAGGGUCGUCACGGAGGACGCAGGCACAGAGAUAGGAGUCAUCGUGCCUCGCAGCGCUCCCUGACCCGAUACACCGAUGCAGACACGGGCCUGGGCACAGACCUCAGCACUACUACGCAGUCAGGCGACCUUCCACCUAAGGAGCGCGAGCGGGACCGUGGCCGGACCAAGGAUCGUCAUCAUCACCAUCACCACCACCACCAUCACAGCUCUGUUGACAAGGAACGCUAUGGCCCAGACCGCCACGACUACUCCCAUAGGCAUCCCCAUGAUCGCCACUGGUCCAGGUCACCUAGUGAGGGGCCCGAUGGACGAGGACACAGACAGGGCAGUAGUUCGGUCAGCGGCAGCCCAGUCCCUUCGACCUCGGGGACCAGCACUCCGAGAAGAGGCCGUCGCCAGCUUCCCCAGACCCCUGCUGUCCCCCGUCCACAUGUCACCUACUCCCCUGCCGUCCGCAAACCAAGCUAUGGCCCCCCAGGGCCUGGUCGACUGCGCUCUCCCUCCCCCCGACACUUCUCCCCACCAGACCACGACAUAGGCUACCACCACAGACCUGCGUCGAGACAGGCUUCUCCACACCACGGGGGUUCCUCAUCCCGGCACGGUUCACCACGCUCUCCGAGGCACCAGUCACCCCUCCAUGGCUCGCCCAGAUCCCCCCACAGAGGCCGGUGGAGUGGGCCUCUGCCAGGAGACAGUAUGGAGGGUGAUGGGCCCUUCUAUGAACGCGACUAUGAGUAUGAGCGGCACCAUGAGCCCCCUGCCUAUGAGCAAAGCCUAUCCCAUGGGAACCCUCACUCACAUGGAGGAAAUCCUCACCCACACCCACGCUCGCCUAGGACUGCCCGCCACGGGCCCCCUCCACCCCCUCACCCACAUUCACGUAGGGUGCCUAAUGGCUACCGUUCAUCGUCACCUUCCCCACAUCGUAGGGGGCCACCUGGGGUGCCUCCCCAUCCGCACCACCGCCCUCCCCAUGCCCGAGGGCCCCGCAAGGGUCCGCAUGAACCUUACAGUGAGACAGACGAGGAUGACUGGUGCUAGCAACCACAGGGAGUAAGGGAUACGGGCAGGAGAAAAAGAGAAGAAUAGCAGCCUCUGGUGCUCUGGCCUUGGUCAUGUAGUCUUUAGUAAAGUGAAGUAGGGGGACAUUUUUUGGGGGGUAGAACACCCCUCUGACCCUCCAACUUCCCCCUUAAGACUCUUAAACAGAGGAGGGGCAAAGGGGAUGGGGGUGACGGUGCUGCAGAUUUUGCAGUUUGUGUGUAGGACUCAAAUUAGUGACGGAGCAGCACACGGAUAAAAUGACAAAAGACAAAUCCAAGACAACUAAAAGGCGCGGGCUGGGCCCAGUUUGACGCUCCCUCUCCAGGUCUCAAAACUACACGUCGCAGAAUACAAUGCUUGACCAGCAAGGACGGGCUGCAAGAGGAGGAAGAGAGAGGCGUGGGAACAGCAAAGCGAGGGAGUAGCAUGUAAAUGCCUAGGGAUUAUCACAGUUUACGAGGCCUAAAAGCACUUCUCCCAGACUGUUGUGUUGUGGGUUAGUAUUUUCAGAUGUUUACUGUCUGUAGCUGGCAAGUCUGCAAAUUUAAAAGCCUAAAAAUGAGCUGGAACAUGGAGUCCACUACUUUGACUCUGCUUGUUUGACUGAUGUGUUUAAAGAAAAAUAUAACAAAAGCCAGGAGCCCCCUACCCAUACAUGCCAAGCUAUGCCUCCAGAAAAUCAAACUUGAACAGUUAAGAACAACAAUGAAACUUUACAUGACAAACUAUGAAAAGAAAAAAAGGGAGAACAACCACUUUAUCUCUAACCUUUUUCCUUUCCAAGGGACAGAACCAGGAAGCUCCGCCUAUACUGCAAAAACCAGCCAUUCACAGCGCUGGCUGAUAUUUGAUGAGUUUUAUCAUCUCUGUUUACUGUUAAAGACUCACUCAAUGCUGACGGAACUGGUGUGACAUCACUUCCUGUCCGGUGUUGGUCGUGGUUGUAGUGGAAUGGGGCAGGGCACAGUGUUGUUUCACUUCCUGCUGAUUGCGCUAUGAACAGGGUGGGCUCAGGUAACUUGAGAAGGGAGUUGGGCACUUUGUCAAACUCCUUCCUUCUCUGUUUCUCCACUCGUCGCAAAACAAGGGAUGACCUGACAGGAAAUGACAUCACACAGGUUGAAUGUGGCGGAGGAGAGGAAAGGAGGGAUGGGGAAAAGACUAAUUUCUUCAGUAUUUCUUCUAUUGAUUACUUCUCCUUCUUGUUCUUCUUGGACAUUGGAGCUUGGUUCUUCUGUUGCAUUUGCUCAGCCUCCUUUGAUCUUUUUGAUCUUUGAGUCCAAAAUUUGAUGGAAACCUGCAUGAUUGAUUAAAUACAUACUAGAGAGGAAAUCUAACCAGUGUGGGUGGGACCUGGGGGCUUUAUAGAAAACUUUGAAUUUAGGUUUACAAAAGAAGUUCUCUUCUUUCAGACUCUCUCUCUCUCUUACAUCUCAAAUGGAAUUUUGGUUAACUUUUUACCUAAAAGAAGUUCUAACUUUCGGCUAUUUUGUCUGUUUUCUGCCAACACGGUUCAAAAGUUUCUAUAACUUGUUUAAAAAAAAAAAACCGAAGAACAGUGCAGGACCACAUUUAAGUUUCCUGUUGUUCUUGAGAAACACGAGGGAGAAUGAGUAAGGAGAGAGACAGACUUCUACCACACUUGAUUUAUUAUUUUUGAUGAUGAUAGUCUUAUGAAUAAUGAUAUCAAUGUCAAUGCAAAAUGACAAUGACAAUGAUGAUGAUGAAAAUGAUGAUUGAUGAUAUGUUGCUGUAGAUUUGUAGUCAUGUUAUUUGGGGUUUAAGUAUGCUAUGUCCAUUUUGUUUACAUGCAUUAUAUUUUGAUCUCCCUCCGUUCAAUGACGUUUACCGGGUUCCUGAUGCUUUCUUGCAACAUUUGGUGCAAUUGUGGCAUAGGAACAAUCGUUAGGGUUGCGUGUUGUAACGCAACUCUUAAGAUACACUCUCUAUUCAGAAGGUUGGAGGGCAGGGGAGCUUUGGUACUUGACUUGCAAGGAUUUAUGGGGUCAGUACUCUUGUCAGACCAACCCAAAGAUCAAGAAUUUAGGCUCAGAGGCAAGGGUAAACCAGAACAUUGAGAAGUGGAAGAGUUUUAUACUGCAGAGAUUUAAAUCAAGCCUGUUUUACAAAGGAUGAAUUCUUCCACUGGCAGCCAAAAAAUAACAAAUCUCAAUGUUUCCCUCUGUCAGGUUCUGUAGCUUUGUAGUGAGAUUGAUUCCUGACAGCACAGUAUUGGUGGUAUCGUGUUGGUGUCAGUAUUAUGUGGUGGUGUUCUCCUAUUUAACCCCUGGGGGGCAGUUAUCAACACACAUUAUUCUGCCUGCCUUUCCCCCUCGACAGGACAGCCUCGUGGCCACAUCCUGGUUUCUAGACCUGGAGUGAGAUCCCUGCUUAUAACUAUCUCUUACAUCAUUGGAAGAUACAUGAAGUCCAGUCCUAGUCAGGAAACUUGGAUGUAGCCUUGGAGAUGCCAUAUCUGUCCGAUUGUCAGUCCGUCCUUUGUUUGCCUGUCUGUGCCAAUGCUGACCCCAAGGCCCCCUCCAGCCCCCUCUCUCAGGUCUGGAUAACCAGAGAACAGUCACCAAAUCACCAAUCCAAUCAUUCAAGGUUGUAGCCAAACUGAAAUCUCCUCUGCCAACAGCCACUUCAGUAUCCACAGACCUCUCUUUCCUCAUCGAUCUUAAUUAUUUUCUGUCCAUUUGCUUUGACAUCUGUUAUUUCAGCUUGCAAGAGAGUAACACUAAAGGCAUUACAGGACAGAAACACUGAGGAAUAAUUAUUUCAUCCUUCUUUUUCUGAGGGACAAUUAUAGAAUAUUCAAUAACUCUAGGACAUGAAGAUAAAGUAUAGAUAAAUAUAGAUGAUAAACUACAUAUAAAUCUAGGUAUAAUACAGUAGAUUUAGUUAUAGAUAACAAAGUUUUUAAUAAUAAGAAUUUCAAAGAUUUAUUUAUUUAUUUUGCAUACCGCUCAUGACACAGUAGAUACUCUUGGAAACCUUGCACUGUUUUCUUCACAGUCGAUCAAGCCAGAAAAUGAACCCUUGCCCACGUGUUCUGACUAUGCAGACCUCAUAAGCGUCCUCAUAGUAUUCUUUCAGAGGAUUAACUGCAACGCUGUAAAAGGGAAUAAUAAUAUAGAAGCACUCUGAUUUAUGAAAAUGUGAAGAUUGGCACCACGUUUGCACACGUCUCAUGACAUCACACCCACGACAAAACCUUUUUCAUUCAAGUACUUCCAGCUGAUCCCCCCCCCCCCCUACACACACACACACACACACAUCUUUCUGUCCUGUCCUGAAAUGUUUUCCCUCCAGUCCUGCUGUUAAGCAUAGUGUAGUAAAGAUUUGGAAAGCAGGGGGGUUGUUUUGUUGGUUGUUAAUUUGUUCAACAGAAGUCGAGGGGCGCACACCCAAAACCCUUCUGCUCUCCCCUCCCCUCCCCUCAAGAGAGGCUAGGCAGGAACCCCUACAGAGCCACAGUGCCUUCUGUAUCAGUCAUAGUCAUCAGUACGCAAAUCUCCUCGCCUCUAGCCGCUCCCGCCUAUCGCCCCCCCCCCCCCAUGUACACUCUGUAGUUGUUGUGAUCAACCAAACUACGCCUUAAAAGUCAAGUCUAACUGCCUCUCAUGUUAACAUAGAAAUAUUGCGAGCAGUAAUUUGAGGACUGGGCCCUGUGAGGCAACAGCAAUGAGGCUAGCCUUGAUGUACAAGAUUCCUUAUCAAAUCUGGGCUUAGAUUAUUCAAAAUCCCUUUCAAACAAAAAGAUUGUUGUGUUAACCAAAAAUAAAGAACCAAGUCAGAGAGAAUAUUAAUUGUUGAUACUAUUGAUGUUGCUAACAAGCUAGGCCUCUUGGCUUUCCCCCCUGUUAUACCAAUUCUUCACAAAAAGCGAUGCGAAAGAGCUAGCAAAAAACCUGAUGAUUUCAGGUCUUCUCAAUGAGAAUGUCCUUGACUGCACCACUUGUCAGUGAACAGUCCAGCUGAAGUUUUGCCUGUUUGGCACUCCAUCCACCAAAGUUUGAGCACUCGCUGUAUGUUAUUAAGUAGUGUUAGCUUUUGCAUAUUGUGUCCAUCCAAGACAUGUCGUGGGUAACGUUUCAGAAGGUGUAGUAUGAGGUUUACAGAGGUGCAAAGCAGUUUGCUUACUUCUCAGGUCCAACUAGAGUUAGGUAGCUAGCUAGUUAGCAAAUGUAGAAAAGAAUCAGCUAUAAAAAAAAAAGCAGGUCACACAUUGAGUUAUUGUAUGGUUUUACCUGGCAUGGGGUCAGACAAUAUGUUGACCCCACCCAGACUCCCUCCUGUCACUAACUCAUAUUACACACUCUGACCCCUCCACUUCCCCAUCAGCAGCCUGCAGACACACCAGCACUUGACGAGGUCAAGUGUGUUGACUGGCAGGAAAAACCCACCUCCAUUUUGGCUCCACAACACCACUUGCUUGUCCAGAAUUGUAACAGCAGAUCCAAACAAUGCACAACAAUGCCCUUGUGUGAAAUCAAGUUGUGUUUUUCGCUUUUCCGAGAACACUACCAUUGGGGAGUAGGAGUGGAUACAAUUCUUUCUUUAUCUUAAUAUUUGUUUGGCAGGGUUUUUUUAAUGGGGUUUAGGGGUGUUGCAAGAUUUAUUCUGUCAUGGCUUCUCUCCAAAUCUGCUUUCUGUAUGUUUACCCAUCAGUCUAAACCUCUAACUAAUCUGGGUUUCUUUGAAUUUCCCUCUAUGUUAUGGGGUAAAAGAAAAAUUAACAAGACAAACCAACCCAUCCACUCAGUCGGCUGUGAAAUUGUGUCAGUGGGUCAGUCUUGAGGCAAUGUGUCGACAAAAACACUAUUAAGGGCUCUCUUUAAAAAAAAAAGUACACAGUGGGUUUUAAUGUACAGUUGUGCUGCCAAAAGUUGUGCUUAUGUAGCUGAAGCCACGCCGUGGUCUCCCCUUUGUACAGCACUAGAUGUGUGCAUGCGUGUGUGUAGGGAGUUGAGAGCAAGGCAGGGAUGGAGGGAGGGAAAGGCGGGUGGGUCAAAAAGCAAUGAGAGAGGUUUUGAUAAUUAGAAUGUUCGUUUAUGGGAUGGACGGGGGGGGGGGGGGGGGGAGGGGGAUUGUGGGAGGGAGUGCAGCAGCAGAGGUUGUAGUGAUUUAAACACACAAUUUCACAAUGGCACUGGACCACUUUUCAGGCUCAUCCUCAUGCUCAGAAGACAUUUCAUCAUUGUCACUCGAUCCACACAUCACAUGGUCACACUUUGAGGGGGGCUGCAACAGGAGAACACUACUGCUUAUGUUGUGUGUUUGUGUGUGUCUGGUAGUUUGUCAGUGUACAUGUUUGCAAGUGUUCUGAGGUCUGAAUGAGCAUAUUUAGGGCUAUAGCUGAAUAUUUUAACCAUUGAUUAAUCUGGCAAAUUAUUUUUUUAUGUUUAAACACUUAGUCAUGUUGUUAAUAAAAUAUCCAAAUAGUUUUUAAUAAAAGCCAAUAUUUGUACACUUCAUACAUUUCCAGUUGUUUUUGGACUUCGCUGGAAUACACCCAUUUAUAAUUUAAAAAUAAGGCUUUCUCUUAAUUCUAAAUCCUUUUCUUUUUUUACCAAAAGGGGAUUUAAGUUCCCGAAAGGCUCAAUAUACAUUGUACAUCUUGUAGUUUGAAAUAAGAAAAAUAGCAAACCUGACAAAUAACCAAUUAUAUCAAGUUGUAAAUUAUAAAUUACAAUGGAGGGAGAAGUUACUGUUAGUACCAAUUGCAAAUUAUACAGAGAAAGGUCACAAAAUAGAUAGUAAACAAUUAAAGAGUUUUGUUUUUUAGCACAUAAUCAAACAGACAAAGACAUCAUCCUAGAACCAACAAAUUAUUAUUUUAAUCAAUACAUUAAAAAGGAUUUGUUUUAAAUAUUUAUUUACAAUCCCAUUUAUAAACAUUUUGGUUUGUGUGUGUGUGUGUGUGUGUGUGUGUGUGUCUGUGUUCUUUAUAUGCGUCUGUGUUCGUAUGUGCAAGUGUCCUGACACCAUCAGCUACAGUAGGUAACCCGCAGUGCCUUAAACUGUACAGGACACAACAAUUUCUCCCUCUGAGAUGGUCCCAGUGCACGUAAUCAAGAUUUUCAUGUCCUCAUCCCCAUCUUCAUCCCCUUCCCUCCCUCACUCACUCACUCCUUAUCUCCUUCUGGGAUCAUUCAAAAAAGCCUGGAUGGGUGAGGUAUUUUUUUAGAGGGUGGGAUAGAAAAUUCUCUCAUUUCUCACACCCAUUAUCUUCCUUGCGUCUGUUGUAUAUUUUGACUGUAAUUCCUGUGUAUAUAAUCCAUAAACUUUCUGAAAAACUCA